UCGAGGACGGCGUGGGCGUGUCCCAGGCCCCCGGCCCUGCCUGCUGCCCGGCCUCCGACGGACUCUGGCCGCGGGGCGGCGCGGAGACCCCGGCGGAGCUGCUGCCCCCUGAGUCUGUGCCUGGCAGGGCCUCCCAGCCCCGUCCGCCGGCCCCCCCGGCCACGUGCCGAGCCACGAGCCACCAGCACUUCCCCUCCCCGCCACCCCCCUCCCGGCCCCGGGGUGGCCGCACGCACAUCCUGUCCCGGCCAGCGCCGAGGGCAGCCGAGCCCGCACGGACGCGAGCGGCCUGGGCCCGGCGAGAGCUCCGGCGCUGCAGCAUGGCGCGCGGCUGCCUGCAGGGUGUCAAGUACCUCAUGUUCGCCUUCAACCUGCUCUUCUGGCUGGGCGGCUGUGGCAUCCUGGGGGUUGGCAUCUGGCUGGCCGCCACGCAGGGGAACUUUGCCACCCUGUCCUCCUCCUUCCCGUCCCUGUCGGCCGCCAACCUGCUCAUGGUCACCGGCACCUUCGUCAUGGCCAUCGGCUUCGUGGGCUGCGUCGGGGCCAUCAAGGAGCACAAGUGCCUGCUGCUGACCUUCUUCGUGCUGCUGCUGCUGGUGUUCCUGCUGGAGGCCACCAUCGCCAUCCUGUUCUUCGCCUACACUGAGCAGAUCGACAGGUAUGCGCAGCAGGACCUGAAGAAGGGGCUGCACCUGUAUGGCACCCCGGGCAACGUGGGCCUCACCAACGCCUGGAGCAUCAUUCAGACAGAUUUCCGCUGCUGCGGGGUCUCCAACUACACCGACUGGUUCGAGGUGUACAACGCCACGCGUGUGCCCGACUCCUGCUGCCUGGAGUUCAGCGAGAGCUGCGGGCUGCACGCACCCGGCACGUGGUGGAAAGCGCCCUGCUACGAGACGGUGAAGGUGUGGCUCCAGGAGAACCUGCUGGCCGUGGGCGUCUUCGGGCUGUGCACGGCGCUGGUGCAGAUCUUGGGCCUGACCUUCGCCAUGACCAUGUACUGCCAGGUGGUGAAGGCUGACACCUACUGCGCGUGACCACCGCGUGGGCUCCGUGCCAAAGGACCAGGCUCCAGAGACGCCCAGUGGGCAUCUCUGAGGGGCCCUCCCCCCCGCCGGCUCUGGUGCUCUAGGCGGGCACAGCCCCGUCACCCACAUUCCAUGGCGGGAGGUGGGGGCUCAGCACUUCUCGGUCAGGUGCCUGAGGAGCCUCCGCACGCAGACCCACAUGCAGACCCUCACGCUUGGCACACUCUGGGGGCCGUGCCCCAGCCACCCCAGCCUCCACCACCUCCCCAGCCCUCUCCUCUCCCCAACCCCGGGCACAGUUGCAGAAGCGCUCAGGGUUUGCAAAUAAAAGAGGCCCAAGUGGCCAGUGGGACAGUG